UCGGGGCAAUGCGCGCCUUUAUCUUGACUUUGAUUGCAGCUUUGUGUCACGUCAUGCGCGUGGAUGCUGCGCAGGUGCUAGACGCCAACAGCCGCUUCCGGUACUCACUACACCGCAACUGGCGCCAAGCACAUCGUCGCCCAUCAAUUGCCCGACUCCUACAGCUUCCUAGCGAUGUCACACUCAAAGAAAGCAACACCAUCACCACCGUGCAUGGCGUAAAACGAUGCCGAUUACGGGAGUUGUAUAAGGACAUGCCUGUCAUAGGGUCGAGUAUUGAAGCCGACGUUGACGACAUCGGCCGAUACAGUGGUGGUGCUGUGACGGGGACGUUGAUGCUGUCUAUGACCAACGAUAUCCCCAACCCUGGGCUGUGUCAUUUGACGGAACAGGAGGCACAGGACAUCCUCCUUAGAGAGGAAGGAAUAGCCCUAGAUAUACACAUUUUACGUAAAAGAAUCACCAAGAAGGUAUUUGUGGACAAAGAAAAGAAAGCUCAUCUCGUGUUCGCCACUGACAUCCUUGUUGAAAACACGUUAAAAGAGUCAAGACCAUAUUACCUCAUUGAUCGCUGCGACGGUUCGGUUCUUAAGAAGUCAAAAAGGCUAAAUACGAAAUACCGAUCACAUGGAGCAGAUGUAACCAGCACGGAGGAGUUUGAGGUGACAAGCACGGAUGAGUCUGGGGUGACAAGCACGGAGGAGUUUGAGGUGACCAGCACGGAGGAGUUUGGGGUGACCAGCACGGAGGAGUUUGGGGUGACAAGCACGGAGGAGAUCGGGGUGACAAGCACGGAGGAGUUUGAGGUGACCAGCACGGAGGAGUUUGGGGUGACCAGCACGGAGGAGUUUGGGGUGACAAGCACGGAGGAGAUCGGGGUGACAAGCACGGAGGAGUUCGGGGUGACCAGCACGGAGGAGUCUGGGGUGACAAGCACGGAGGAGUCUGGGGUGACAAGCACGGAGGAGUUUGAGGUGACCAGCACGGGGGAGUUUGGGGUGACCAGCACGGAGGAGUUUGGGGUGACAAGCACGGAGGAGUUCGGGGUGACCAGCACGGAGGAGUUUGGGGUGACCAGCACGGAGGAGUUUGGGGUGACAAGCACGGAUGAGUCUGGGGUGACAAGCACGGAGGAGAUCGGGGUGACAAGCACGGAGGAGUUUGGGGUGACCAGCACGGAGGAGUUUGAGGUGACAAGCACGGAGGAGAUCGGGGUGACAAGCACGGAGGAGUUCGGGGUGACCAGCACGGAGGAGUUUGAGGUGACAAGCACGGAGGAGAUCGGGGUGACAAGCACGGAGGAGUUCGGGGUGACAAGCACGGAGGAGUUUGGGGUGACAAGCACGGAGGAGAUUGGGGUGACAAGCACGGAGGAGAUCGGGGUGACAAGCACGGAGGAGUUUGGGGUGACAAGCACGGAGGAUUCUGGGGUGACAAGCACGGAGAAGUUUGGGAAGACAAGCACGGAGGAGAUCGGGGUGACAAGCACGGAGGGGUUUGGGGUGAAAAGCACGGAGGAGUUCGGGGUGACCAGCACGGAGGAGUUCGGGGUGACAAGCACGGAGGAGUUUGAGGUGACAAGCACGGAGGAGUUUGGGGUGACAAGCACGGAGGAGAUCGGGGUGACAAGCACGGAGGAGUUCGGAGCAGAGGAAACCUCCACUGGGAGUGAGCCCUCAGCAACUGUCACAGUACAAGCCGAACCUGACGGUCAGUGUGCAACCUUUGUGAAGGGGACCGGUGGCAACCCAAAGACAGGAGCCAUCGUAUACAGCACACCCCCCUACUGUCUGGACGUGAGGUUGGAAGGAGACAUGUGCUUCCUGGAAAAUAAAUAUGUCAAGGUCGUUGAUCUGAACCAGACAAAAAACGAAGAGAAGACUGAGGUUGUUAGCUUCAAAUGCUCGGAAGGGUACAACGAUGCCGUCAACGAAGCCACAAACCCCGUCCUCGACGCCCUCUUCUAUGGCACAGCUACUUUUAAAUUGUUUGAAGACUGGUAUAACACUAAACCGCUGAAUAUUCAACCAUCAUGGCUCCUGGUUCAUUACGGUAACAUGAUUGAUAACGCUUACUGGAACGGAGGGAAGAUGUUGUUUGGGGAUGGAAGCCAAGACGAGAGUUAUCCCCAAGUAGGACCUGAUGUCAUAGGUCACGAGCUGGCACAUGCGAUAUCAGAGCAGCACUCUGAGUUAGAGUACUCUGGGCAGUCGGGCGGGAUUGAUGAAGCCUUCUCUGACAUUGCAGGAGAAGUUGUAGAGGCGUAUGUUCGUAAAACUGAUUGGCUAGUCGGUUUCUAUCUAUCAAAGUCAAACACGAAAGCGCUGAGAUAUUUUGAAGACCCAACCAGGGAUGGAAGUUCAAUAAAAGAGGCCAAAAAUUUUGAAAGCGACAUGGACGUCCACUUUAGUAGCGGCGUCUUCAACCACGCCUUCUACCAGAUCGUCGAAGUCGGGAAGAUCCCGAUCAAAUACGCGUUUGAGAGUUUCUAUAUCGCCAACAGAUUGUACUGGAAAGAGGACACGGGGUUCGUCGAGGGCGCAUGUUCCACUAUCCGGGGCGCUUACGACGGCGGCUUAGACACAGAGAUAUACGCAGCAGCCUUCACAGCUGUAGGGGUCAAUGCUUGUCCUUUGACCAAAUUUCUUGAGAUGGUGACCCCAUCAAACAAACGCUCCAACAUCCGGGUAUCCAGCAUCCGACAACCAUUGUUUGGCAUCAAUACCAAAGAUGCUACCAAGAAGAUCGUCGUGGAGGCUGUUAGUGUGUCUGGAGCGGCUGUGAAACUGGCGCUGUCGAGGACGGUGUCUCGAAGUAACCCUGCUGCUUCAGGGACUGGGAGGGUGGAGCUGACGGUGUCGGGAAUAGCUUUGUACUACGUCCGCGUCUUCACCGACUCCGUCGACGAGAUCAGUGACGUCAAGAUCACUUUGAAAUUGGAAUAGAUAACAAUGAAGGUCGAGUUGAGAUAAAUCUGAAUCCACUGGUUUCAGAAUUGUAAUUCCACCGGCGAAUAAAUAGGAACUGUCAUGUCCA